UUUUUUUGCAGUUUCGUGAUGUCGAAGACUGCCAGCUGGGGCUACCUGAAGAAUGGCAAAUUCGACGGCAUGAUAGGAGCGUUGGUACGCAAACAAGCGGAUAUUGGUGGCUCGCCGAUUUUCUUUCGCAUCGAACGUGCCAAAGUGAUUGAUUACACGACACGAACGUGGGUGGCCAGGCCUUGCUUCAUAUUUCGUCAUCCGCCGAGCACCAAAAAGGAUCGUAUAGUGUUUCUGCAACCCUUUUCAAAUAUAGUCUGGAUUUUAUUGGGAUUAUGUGGCAUAUUCACCAUCUGCUUACUGUGGCUACUGACAUCGGUGGAGCGUCGCUUGGAGGCGGUGGGUGUGGUAAAGCAGUUGGGACACAGCACGCGCAGCAGCAACAUGAACAUCGGAGGCACCACCGCCAACAACCAACAAGCGAGCGCAAUCGGCGGUAAUGAUGAACUACCACCAGUUGGUUGCCGCUGUUCCACACGAACGACGCUAAGUGCCGGGACAAUGCUGAGCUGCGGCGCUCGCUACGCGCCGUCGGUUGCCGCAGCAACAAAAGAGCAACGGAAACAAAAGCCGGGCAAGUUGAUGCAACGAAGUAAGACGGAAGCGCGAAAGAAUGUGCAGAGUAUUAGCUGCAGGCAUUGCAUGCUCGGCUGCGGCAGUGCGUGCUGUGGCCAGGCAGGCAGCGUUGUGGCACAAGAGCGCGUUGGCUUGUUCUUCGAGUCGGUGCUGUUCUACGUGGGUUCCAUAUGCCAACAAGGUCUGACAUUUUCUACAAGUUUCUUUUCGGGUCGUUGCAUCGUUAUUACCAGUCURCUCUUCGCCUUUGCCAUCUAUCAAUUCUAUUCGGCCAGCAUUGUGGGUACACUAUUGAUGGAGAAGCCGAAAACGAUACGAACAUUGCGUGAUUUAAUACACAGUUCGCUGGCAGUCGGUGUGGAGGAUAUAGCAUAUAAYCGUGACUACUUUUUGCGCACUAAGGACCCAAUCGCCAUUGAGUUAUAUGCCAAGAAAGUAACUAGCGUGCCGACSKAUAGUGAUAYGCCCUCYGAAACGACAGCUGACAAUGSCACCGCCUUAGCCACGCUCCAACCGAAUGUUGAGCUCACCGAAGCGGAGAAGGCCAAGGCUUACAGAGACAUCCUACACAGCCAUGAGACCGGUGCGCAUGCCAAGACAAACGAGGCGUCCAACUGGUAUGAUCCGGCGUAUGGUGUCAAAAGGAUACGCAGAGGCAAAUUCGCUUUCCAUGUUGAUGUGGCAACGGCGUAUAAAAUCAUCGCCGACACAUUUAGCGAGAAGGAAAUUUGCGAACUAACGGAAAUACAAUUGUUUCCGCCGCAAAAAAUGGUCAGCAUCGUGCAAAAGGGUUCACCUUUGCGCAAAGUUAUUACAUAUGGGUUGCGGCGUGUUACCGAAUCUGGUCUAAUGGAUUACCAGCGCAAAGUKUGGCACUCACCGAAACCGCGGUGUGUUAAACAAAUACAUACGGACGAUUUGAAGGUCGACUUGCAAACCUUCGCAUCAGCACUUUUGGUUCUUAUCUUCGGCUGUGCAGUUAGUUUACUGGCACUCAGCAUUGAGAUUAUACAACAUAAAUUAUGGCAACGCUACCGAACGCUGGAGGAGGACAACGACGAGACUGCGGUGCAGAAUUGAGGCUGCGGAGUUGUGGCCACUGCUAGCUGCCAGCCUGUCUGCCCCAACAGUGACAACCCACACGAGUGAUACUUUGCGGCGCCGCACACGCUCMAAGUACACUACCUGAGCCAAUGACACUUAAACGAGAUACUAAACGCCAGCACACGGCUUACACGGCGUUGGAAGACACAGCUAAACAUUUUCACACCACAGACAUUUGCAUAGCGCACAACUGGCGCUCGACUGGGCGUAUGUGCUGUGUGCAACAUUAUCUGAGCGACAGUCRGCGUUGCUGCUGCAACAUGUCAGUGGUGUAGGUUGUCACGUUGCUGUGUUCAUAUUAACCACACRCACAUACACACCUGUAUGCACUCGUACCUGGUUCUAAACGGUUACCUCGACAGCUGUUGCACACAUUCACACACACGCCUACACGUUAGUUAAUGCAUUUACAGCGUCACCGACACCGGCACUGCUACUGACACUAAUGCAUGCACCGGCUUUGGCAGCUACACCGGUAGCACCGGCGCCGACACUGACUGAGUUACCGUCACGGCCGCUGACAUUGACGUGUUGGACACUGAGACAAUAUGGUUAAUUGCAUAUUUUUAGCCGCAUAAAAUGUUCAUGCACAACAGCAGCUAACGGUAAUUCAAUCUGCAUGGCGUAUUAAAUUUUCUAGCUCUUAAUAAGCCGGCUCAU